GAAAACAUUUCGAAACUUUUUGGUGGAUAGCAGUCAAGCUAGUUUGACCCUCGAGAAAGGUCGGAGGAUAAUUCACUUUGACGCGAUGGAUUCAAGCACACAACACUACAUUCUUCGAGAUUUUGCAGUCAUUACUGCACACGCUUGUAUGGUCGUCCCUCCUUUCCGUUACUGUGUGUCUGCCGUGAAUUCUCUGAGGAGAAUUCAGCGAAUCGAGUAGUAAAGGAGUGGACGUAGGAGAGCCGUUCAGGCUUUAAAAACAGCAAAGUGAUGGGCUUUAUGUGUUUGGAAAGAUAACCCUGGGAGCGACAGAAGGAAUAAAUCUUUAAGGACCGUGAAAAAAAAUUUUUUUUUUCUGGAGACCAAGAGGGAUUGUGAAGUCAGGAUACAUGGGACACCUGCACGAGCAUUCAGUUUCUUCCUGCAGUGUCUGAGAGGUACUACCCACACCUGAAGUGUCCUCGUCCUGUGGGUCCCUUCAGCCACACCUCAGGCAGGAUGCAGUGUGGAUUUCAUGGAGUGGAAUGGUGGAACUGAGCUAUCAAGACACCAGCUUGUUACAAAAGUACAUACUUUCUGCUUUUAGCCUCCCAGAGUCACUUGGUAUGAGAGUCCAUCUUGAUAUUAGCAGCAAUCUCUAGUCAACUUUUGAUUUUUUAUGUACUGUCUGGAGUACAAGGCAAAGGAACAAUGCAAUUUUAGUCGACCAGCAAAGGAAUUGCUUGUAGGGAGUGGGAUCAUCCAACUGUAAGAGGAGUGAUCUCUCAGUAUGGUGUCACAGAAAGGUAUAGAAUUGAGAAUCAGACCUGGAGUUUGAUGCUAAGGAAGCAGGCUGCGAGCCAAGGGGAAGGCAGAGGACAGAUAUGCCUGUGUUCCCAAGCUUCUGUGGCGGUUUAUGGCAUCCUCCAAACUCCUCUGCAAGGGCUGAUCCUGACCGAGAAGACCCAAGGAGACGGUUUCUGAAAUCAAGUCCAGAUGAAGAAUUAAGAGGGGAAAAAUGAAUAUGGUUUUUGCUCACAGAAUGGAUAACAGCAAGUCACCUUUGGUUGUUCCUACACUGCUGGUGCCUCUUCACAACCACAGCUGCGCAGAGACGGCCGCCCCUCUGCCGAGCCAAGACCUGACGGAGCUCUCCCCAGAGCACAGCUGGAGGAGCAACAGAACAGAUCCACAGUAUGGACCGAACCCUGGGGAAGUGGCCACAGCCAGCAUCUUCUUCGGGGCCCUGUGGUUGUUUUCUAUCUUUGGCAAUUCCCUCGUGUGUCUCGUCAUCCACCGCAGCAGGAGGACUCAGUCCACCACCAAUUACUUUGUGGUCUCCCUGGCAUGCGCUGACCUUCUGGUCAGCGUGGCCAGCAUGCCUUUUGUCCUGCUGCAGUUCUCCACUGGCCGCUGGACCCUGGGCAGCGCCAUGUGCAGGGCCGUGCGCUACUUUCAGUAUCUCACCCCGGGUGUCCAGAUCUACGUGCUCCUGUCCAUCUGCAUAGACCGGUUCUACACCAUCGUCUACCCGCUGAGCUUCAAGGUGUCCAGAGAGAAAGCCAAGAAGAUGAUCGCUGCAUCCUGGAUCUUCGAGGCGACCUUUGUGACCCCUGUGUUGUUCUUCUACGGCUCCAGCUGGGACAACCACUGCAACUAUUUCCUUCCCUCCUCUUGGGAAGGAACCGCCUAUACUGUCAUCCAUUUCUUGGUGAGCUUUGUGAUCCCGUGCAUCCUCAUAAUCUUAUUUUACCAGAAGGUCAUAAAAUACAUUUGGAGAAUUGGCACUGAUGGCCGGACAGUGAGGCGGACCAUGAACAUUGUCCCAAGGACAAAAGUGAAAACAAUCAAGAUGUUCCUCAUUUUAAAUUUGCUAUUUUUGCUCUCCUGGCUGCCCUUUCAUGUCGCUCAGCUGUGGCACCCCCAUGAACGAGACUAUAAGAAAAGUUCCCUUGUGUUUACUGCUAUCACGUGGAUAUCCUUUAGUUCCUCAGCCUCUAAACCUACUCUGUAUUCCAUUUAUAAUGCCAAUUUUAGGAGAGGCAUGAAAGAGACUUUCUGCAUGUCCUCGAUGAAGUGUUACCGAAGCAAUGCCUAUACUAUCACAACCAGUUCAAGGAUGGCCAAAAAAAACUAUGUUGGCAUCUCAGAAAUCCCUCCAUCGGCCAAAACUAUAACCAAAGACUCAAUCUAUGAUUCGUUUGACAGGGAAGCCAAGGAAAAAAAGCUUGCUUGGCCCAUUAAUUCAAAUCCGCCAAAUACUUUUGUCUGAUUUCUCAGAAUUCUUUCAUUAUUAUGCACCAGAGGUUAAAAGUUUAACUAUAAAUACAAGCUAUUUAUGUAUUUUUUCAAUUUUCUGACGGAAAUGUUUUAUUAUGUAGAAUGCACUAUUGAUUUUAGUUUUUGUCUUUUUUAAUUUAGCUGCUUUUUUUGUUUUACAGGUAGCUUUUCACCUUGAGCUUAUUUAUGAUCAACAGUCCCUUUACUAUUUUAGUUAUGUGCAUUAAAAAAAAAAGAAUGCUUUCUGACUUUUUAUUUACUAUUAGGUCCAAAAAGCAUAAACAGUCUUUGAUUGAUGAUUCAACCUGAUUUUAUUCUGUUUCCUUUUUCUCCUCCCUACUGAAUUUUUAUUAACUAUAGGCUUCUGUUCCAAAUCAAAUCUCCUGUGUGACACAUUUCAGAGACUUGUAUUUCUUCUACUGAGCAACAUUUAGGAAGUGUUAAUAUUUUAUAUGUUUUUACAUUACCUUCUGUCCAGAUCUGUUAUGGAGAGCACUCCAUAUGUUAGAAUAUACUAGAACUUGCCCGGGUAGCCUUCUGUGAUUGAAUAUUAAUGAAGAUGCUUAGGGAAAGAAAGCUUAUUGGUUGGCCUAAUUUCUGUCUCUUUCUGUCUCUCAUUCUCAUUCUCUCUUGAAACCAGCUGAUGAUGCCUUGCAGCGUUUGAAGUUGCCCUGCCAUUUUCCUCACAUCCAGGCCCAUCUAGGCUGUGUCUAGGAUGCUUACCUCCCUUCUGAGUCAAAUUCAAGCAAUGCGCAGGGAACCUGGCUGGGCAAGCCCAGAAAAUGCCAAUGGGAGUCAUGCAGAUGCCUUUUCUCUGCGCUCUGCCACUCAGGCAGACACCUUCCGCUGCCUGGUGCUGACCCCAGACUCUGGGACAGCAAGGGCAAGGAGCAGGUUCUUCUUUCUCCUGAGCAUGUAGACAUGAGGCCGUUUCUCCAGCCAGUGCUUCCUGCCCCUCAUCUCUCUCUCAGGACCCAUGAUCAUACCCUCGCCAAGCUCACACUCCUCUUUGGCCAAGGUAACUCAAGAUUUUCUUCUGGUUGCCGGGUCUCCAUUAUUUCAAAUCCAGGACGAGCACAUUUAAAAAAUGCUUUGUUUAAACAAUAACAGGUUUACAGACAAGAUUGGUGUGCAUUUUCACACCCUAGUGAACAAGAAUUGCAAAUAAUAAUAUCAGUAGUUCAGCAACAUUACCUGCAUUGUCUCAUGCUAUCCUCUUAAAAAAGCCUGUGAUGUUCUUAUGACCAUCUCUGUUUUAUAGGUGAGGAAACCGGACCUCAGCGUUAUGGGACUUGCUUAAGUCAGAGUGUGGCUGAACUGGUUUUCACACUCAAUCCCCUAGCUGCAGGUCUGUGGCCCUUUCCUUGACAUGGUAGGUGUCUCUCGAGGGAACACUUGGGCAGUCAAGCCCGUCCAGACCUCUGUGGGCCUAACAGCUGCUGCCUGGGUGAGAAUCUGAGGUCUAGGAGAGCAUGAUGUUCUUAACAGGAGAGCCGAGAAAUGUGGUGAGCUGGCCCCCACCUUUUCCUUGGCUGUGGCUGGGUUCCUGGGCUCAUGGUGCUGAACAUCUGAGACUGGAAACAAACUGGUAUUUCCUGUCUCACAGACACAGGGAAACAAGACAUAACUGGGCUUGGUUUUGGGGGGCAAAGAAUGAGAACAAUAAAAUAUUCUAUCCACAAAACAUUAUAGAGCUGAUGUGUUCAACUGGAGGUGCUGCCUUCAAUCAACCAGGUCAAAAGAUAAAAAGAAUACCUUGUAUUUUUUCUUCCUUUUCUUUCUCCUCCACAUAUGAUAUUCAAAAAUGACAAAGUGAGUCAGAGCUUGAUGUCACUUGGCCCUUGACUUUUUCGAUUCAUAGUUGUUAAAAAAUAGAAGAGACCCUGCAGUACUUUUAUUUAUUUUUAAAAGCUAAAUUCUAAAAAAAUAAAAUUUGAUUUAGUUUAAUUUUAUUUAUGUAUAUAUUUUUGGUCUCAGUUAAACUGAAAACGACUAGAUGAUUACUAAACUCUGUUCUGUCUUUAAUGUUCUGUGAGUUACCCCAGUGGGUGGAAAUUCAGUGAAAGGAUCUAAUGCAAAGUCUUACUGAGAUUAGUUUUUUAGAAAAAAAUUCCCCCAAAUAAUAACAAAUAGAGUUAAUCAAAUCACAAAUGCAAGAGCUCUAAAGUCUCAAGACCUAUGAUAAUUCAGCUAUAUUUUCUCAGCAUGUUGUUAAUUCACUGUACUUUUUUAGUUUAGUUUAAUAUUUAGGAUUCCUGUUGUCUCACUUGAUCCUGAAUUUGGAGGAAACUGGAUGUAAUGUACAGAUUAAUAAAGAUUUUCAUAAAUCCCAGCAACACAAGAGCUUCCCAGGUGGCACCAGUGGUAAAGAACUCACCU